AAUCACAACAUAAAAAUAAAAAUAAAAAUGAAAACAUGAGUGUCGUGAAAAUCUUUCUACCAAAAUACCUUUUUUACAAUAAAAAAGAAUGUGAAAUCUUUGGUGAAAUACAAAUUACCGAAAAGUCCAUAUCCUAUUUUGUUAUUUCUGAUGAAAAUCGAAAUGAAUUACGACAUUUAGGCUAUGUUGUGCCAGCAGGAAAGAAAAUAAACAAAGAUGUGUCUAUGAUUUUUUCCCACGAUUCCAUACAUUCAUCAAUUUAUUUAACUAAACUCAGUAUUAAAACUUCUAAUGCAACAGUUCCCAAUAUAUUCCUCUAUGAUGCUCAUAAGAUUGUACAAUUGCACUAUUCAGAAAAGAAAAAGUGCAAAUAUGAUAAAGAUUCUGGAGACACUCGAAUGUUGUAUGAUCUACUAGUGUCGUUCCAAAAGAAACCAACUAAAACCGCUAAUCGACAAGCUAUUCUAGCUAUGUUGAUCUCAUUUGUAUGGGAAUGCAUUCAUAGAUCAUUUUCAAUUGUUGAAUAUCGACCAAUAUUUUGGGGUUUCAAAAAAUUAGUUUUAUAUGAACAAUAUAUUAAAUGGAAGACAAUCAAAGCCACUAGAAAAAGAACAGCUAAUAUUGUACUGGACAAGUUAAUAGGCGUAGUCGUUAUGAUUACAUUGUUGCUUUUCAUUACAAAGCCAGGAGAUGAUCUUAUACAAGUUUCACACUAUGUCAUACAUCAGCUGAGACAACUUCUAGGAGCUCUUAAAGGAAAUCCGAUUGGUUUGAAGUUAAACGACCAUUUAAAUAAUUUCUUUUUGGAUUGUUUUACUUAUCACAUUGAUUUGUGGGCCACUUUCUUGGAUCUAAUUGAACCAAUUGUGCGGCAGCUCUUCGUACCGAUGGCUUUAGUUGGUUUAAUGGGUUUCUCAUUUCAACUUGCAAUGUUAGCCGAUUUAAUAGGUCUUGUUGGCUUGCAUGCUCAUAGUUUUUAUAUAUAUACAGCAGUAUUAUAUAAAGUUGAAAUCAAAGGUCUUCAAGUAUUAUGGAAAGUUGUUUUGGGAAAACGACGAAAUCCACUCAAGAAUAGAGUUGAAGCUCAUGAAUAUAUGAACCGUCAAUUGUAUUUGGCUACGAUGUUUUUCGCGUCCUUAGUUUUCCUUUUGCCGACAAUUUUAGUGUAUUAUACAGUUUUCACCACAUUACGCUUAGCGAUUUACCUUGUGACAAUUUUAAUAAAAACCAUACAGCGAACAAUUAUUGAAUUUCCUUUGCAAACACUUAUUAAAUGGAGUCUUGGUCGUUUUUAUGAAAUUGACAGCCUUCAUCUGCAACAUCUAAACAUGACGCUUCACCAAAAUUUCAUGAAAAUGUCUGUUUUUGAAAUAAAUGUUAAAUCAUCAUCUUUAUCUCGGGUAUUUGCCUGUGAAGCAGGAUUUCUGAAAGAAAACAAACCAAAUGAAAAUAUUACUCUAAAGAGUAUACUACUUAAAAUUAUACAGGGUUCAUUUUGAACACAAACAAAUAAAAACUUUAAAACAAAACAUUGUUUUUCAAAUUUCAA